UGUCAAAACCAAGAACUGACUUUUGGCGUCACCGGAGCGGGAGGUGAAUUUUCCACUUAUUUUCGCCGCGGUAAAUCAACAUUGUGGAGUUAAUGUUAUAUCGCUAGAUAUCUUACUGUUUAAAGAAAUCGUCUCUACUGCCAGAAAAUAUACGCCGGCAAUAUGGCACAUUCCGUGCACUCAGAGCGGAGCAUUCAUGAAAUGUUGAAAGAUACGCCGCCAAUGAACGAGAGCACAAGUGCAAUACAUUCGGGAACCGAGCCAAAACCCUUUAAAGCGCCCAACAGUUUGCCUUUACGCAACGUUUCCGCCCCAGCGACCCCCAUGUCGCCAACUAGUCCCACACAAAAUGGCAAUGGAAAUGGCUCAGAUUCGAAUCUGCUGAGAUCUAGUGCAUCGAAAAUUGACACUAUUAAAAAUUGGAGCAUAUCCACGUAUAAGUGUACGCGGCAAUUGAUGCUAGAAAAGCUGGGCAAAUCGCAGCGCACCGUCGAUUCUGAGUUGGAAGCACAAAUCGAACAGCUACGUGAAACGCAGCGAAAAUAUUUGUCGAUUUUACGUCUGACUCGUGCACUUAGUUCACAUUUUCAUCAUGUUGUCGUUACACAGCAUGCUCUAGCCGAAGCAUUCUCCGAUUUAGCACAAAAAAGUCCCGAGCUGCAGGAGGAGUUCACAUAUAACUCGGAAACACAAAGGAACCUCACGAAAAAUGGUGAAUUAUUGCUAAGUGCAUUGAAUUUCUUCACAUCGUCCGUGAAUACAUUGUGUAAUAAAACGAUCGACGACACGUUAAUAACGAUAAGACAAUACGAGACGGCAAGGAUUGAGUAUGACGCAUAUAGGAUGGAUUUGGAGAAUUCCCGGCCAGAGCCUCCAAAUAGUCCAAUAUCAGAAGAUCUGCAAACGAAUUUCGCUAGGCAUAAGGAACAAUAUGAGAAAUUACGUGCCGAUGUAGCCGUUAAGAUGCAGUUUCUGGACGAAAAUAGGAUUAAAGUAAUGCAUAAACAACUAGUGUUACUACACAACGCUGUCGCUGCAUAUUUUUCGGGAAAUGCAACCGCUUUGGAGGGAACAUUGAAACAAUUCAACAUUAAGUUGAAAUCUCCUAACUCGGUAACAGGCUCCUGGUUAGAGCAGUAGUAUUAAAACAAGUGACUACCAAACCUCUUAAUUAACGAAUUGACGAAAGGUUCACCAUGCCAUUAAUUUUAUUUAUAAACCUCAACAAACGAGCAAGGAAACGGAGAAAUUCGAACAAGUUGAACUGGACGGAAAAUCUCAAAGCUAACAAAUAUCAUAAGAAGAUUAUUGAAUGUGCAAAAUCUUAAGUCCAAUGUGUAGUUAGGCUCUCUUUAUAUUUAUACAUAGCGAUUUCAUACAUAUAUAUAACAUGUAUUCGUUAAUUCAAUUCCGUACUAAAAGAAAUACUGAUCGAAAGCCAUAUACCCAGAGAGAGGAAGGAAAGGAGAGAAUUAUUUUCACACAAUCGUUUGAAAAAAAGCUGCAUGUCUUCACUGUCCAGUGAUUUUUCCGUAGUUUUAUCAACGACACAAUGAAACAAUUUAAUGCGAUUUCAUCAGAGAUUUCUGUGCAAACCUUAUGUACAUUAACUUAUUUCUUUUUCUUUAAAAACGACUAUAGAACCUGUGAUUGUAUUUUUAAUUUUAUUAUCAUUUCGCUUACAGCGGCUAACUGCUGCAUAUUUUAUGUACCAUUGGCCUCGCUUUAUUUCUUCCCCAAAGUGAAAUUAUUUUCCAUUAGAAUUUAAGUUGAUAAUAAGAUAUAUAUGUGUACGUAAUGUAUCUUGACUUCAUGUAAUCCAAUAUUUUUAUUUAAUCUUAGCAAAAAUAAAUUAGAGCAUCAAAUGUCUAAUAAAAAUUGAAUAUCGAUUCAUAAAGCUUUUUUAUGCCAUUUUUUUUUGUAGUUUUGUAACCCAAUUCCCACCGUUUUUCUGACAUACAAGUUGCAAUGCUUGCGCAUUUCGUUGUUAGUUAAGCACAUGCAAUUUUUUGCUUUUAAGCUGUUCGACACAGGUUUGAGUAGAUUACAAACUGAACUCGUCGCCAAG